UCGCUGUCAGUGGAGUCCAUGCGCGCCUCUCACCCAUUCCACCUAGGAUUAAUUCGAGACUCACCUCACUCCGACAAUAAAUAACGUCACUUGCUCCUGCCCUCUCUUACAUGUCCCUGCGCCACGUCCAGACGCCGUCCCAGCCGCCCUAGGACCGCGCAAUUGUCGCCGCAAGCGGCGCCGUGAGCCGCGCUGCUUCGUGCGCGGCGGCAUGGCGAGGGGCGAGGCGCGAAGAGGACCCUCUCGAGCCUCGGGCAAGCGACCCCACCCCACCCCGUCGCGAGCAGCCUCGUCGCACGGCGCGUCGUACGGUGCGUCGUCAACAUCGCCGCGAUCGUCGUCAAGACCGUCGUACGGCAGGGCAGGGGGGGGCGGCUUCCCCCCAUGGGCCGAGCGUGAGAGCGCGGGGAGCGCGUUUGCCGAGCGGGCGGGUCGUUUCUGCGCGCUCGCCUUGCGCGUGGCGGGGGUGGCGUUGCGGGUGGCAGCGGCGGCGGGCGUGUGGGCGGCGGUGGCGGCGGCGGCGUUCUUAAUCCGCGGGUGCGUGUCGCUGGUGCCGCCGGCGCUGGGGUCCGUGGUGCUGCCGCUGGUGGGCGCGCUGGUGGGCAUGGGACGCACCCUCGGAUGGCUCGUGCUGCUGCCCUCCCUCGCGGUGCUGGUGCUGCUCUCCUUCUUCCUGCCGCUGCUGCUCACCGUCGCGCUGCUGCUGCUGCUCGCCCUCUUCGCCGCGCUACGCGCCAAGCUGCUGCUGCUCUCGCUGGCCACUGUGCUCAUCGCAGUGAUAGUGGCGGCCAGUGGGUCGCACCGAGCAGCGCUGCUGUUGCUGCUGGCGUCCGCCCUGUACCACCUGCUGCUGCGCGCCGGCCUCUCCACGCUCUGCCUCACGCUCCUCGCAUCCUUCCUCGCGUGCGACCUCCUCCUCCUCCUCGCCGCCUCCAUCAAAGACGAUGACGCCCCCUCCACCUCCGCCCCCCCGCCCCACUCCACUGCUGCCGAGGGGGAGCAGCAGGGGGGAGGGGCAGGGGUGGCAGGUGCAGCGGGGGAGGGGGAUGGGGGGCGAGUGGGCGGCGAGAUCGAGCGCAUAGUGGCGUGCAAGAGCCACUACGAGGUGCUGCGCCUGGCGCCCUUCUGCCCCCAGGUGGACCAGGCGCAGCUCAAGAAGGAGUACCGCCGCAUGGCCAUGCUCGUGCAUCCGGACAAGCAUGGGGGCCACGAGAAGAACGCCAUAGCGGCGUUUCAGCGCCUCCAGAAUGCGUACGAGGUGUUGUCGGACGAGGCGCGGAGGCGCGAGUACGAGGCGGAGUUGCGGCGGGAGCAGCUGGUGGAGCUCAUCACACGCCGGGCAGCACACAUGUGGCAGUCUAGCAGCGCAGCGGCAAGCAGGGGGUCGCCCGGAGGCACGGGCAGGCCGCCAGGGAAGGGGGGAGGGGGGGAGGGGGCAGCGAUGAGGGAGGAGGAGGAGGGGGGCCGGCAGGUGGCAUGCUCGGAGUGUGGGUUGGCGCAUGUGUGGCGGCCUGUCAGCCGGCCCUGCAGCCAAGCGCGCUGGUGCCAGGAGUGUCAGAGGCACCACCCAUGCAAGGAGGGGGAUGGCUGGGUGGAGCAGUUUCCUCAACCUGCCUUGUUUGGCAUGCUCUCCGUUGUAAGUGCCCAGCCUGCCUUGUUUGGCAUGCUCUCCGUUGUAAGUGCCCAGCCUGCCUUGUUUGGCAUGCUCUCCGUUGUAAGUGCCCAGCCUGCCUUGUUUGGCAUGCUCUCCGUUGUAAGUGCCCAGCCUGCCUUGUUUGGCAUGCUCUCAGUUCCUGCCUUGUUUGGCAUGCUCUCCGUUGUAAGUGCCCAGCCUGCCUUGUUUGGCAUGCUCUCCGUUGUAAGUGCCCAGCCUGCCUUGUUUGGCAUGCUCUCCGUUGUAAGUGCCCAGCCUGCCUUGUUUGGCAUGCUCUCAGUUGUAAGUGCCCAGCCUGCCUUGUUUGGCAUGCUCUCCGUUGCGGGGCCGCGCCACUUCUACACCUGCACGGACGCGCAGGUCUUCCGCAUCACUGAAUGGGCGCGCUGCCAGGGUCUGCGGUGCCCGCCCAACACGCACAAACCCUCCUUCCACUUCAAGCUCGCCCCUCAGGGGCCCCCGCCACCCGCCUCGUCCGCAUCUCCCCGGACCCAGCGGCAAAGGGGCAGAGCGGGCAGGGGCAGCGGGCGCGGCAGGGAGGAGCGCGAGGAGGGAUGGGCAGCGGGCAUGGGGGGGGGGGGCAGCGGCGGCGGUGGGGUGCAUGUGGAGCUGAGCGAGGAGGAGAUGGUGACGCUGCUGGCGCGCGCUGUCAGCUCCGGCGCUCUCAGCCCCACGCAGCUCUCAGAUGCGCUGAGAUCAGCAGCGCAAUGCAGCGACCAGGGGCCAGGCCCGCGGCGGAAAGGCAGGAGGCAGAAACCUCACUGAAGGAGCAGCUUGAACCACUGGGCUCACUCGUUUCUUCAAGUUGUACCUUAUUUCAGAUUGCUUUGUGAAAAAAAAAGAGCACUGGUCUGCGUGCCUGUUGCCGGAGCGGAUGCAGGCGUGCAUUGUCGAGAGUGUUUGGUUGGUCUGCUUGAGUUGAGUUGAAAAUGCAUUCAAGAAAGUACCGUAAUCCCCCGGAUAUAACACCCCGGGUAUAAUACAAAAAUCAUGCAAAAUCAGGGGGGUGGGUGCUCUAUUUCGCGUUUAGGCUAUAGCACCCUGGUGUUAUAUUUGAGGACAGAAUUUUUUAGAUGUGCAUUAGACUCAGUGUUUCAUGGCGAUUUCAACCAUCCAAGUUCC